CAGCCCCGACCCCUGCCACCGGCACAUGGUACAGUCCCUAUCGCAGGGUGGGGGAGCGUGUGGGAGAGGCGCACAGAUUCUGUCUAACGGAGAAGGAAACGGGCGAAAAACAUGACUCACAAUCGCCCCGGAGAAGGUUUCCACCUUGAAGGAAUAAAACUAUUUUUCCCGUUCUGAGAAGGACGAGUAUACGAGGACAGUAAGUGCGAGAGAAGAAAGCGGAAGCAGACUGACGAGUGGGCCCGUCAAGAAGCGAAAGGCAGCAAGCUCAGGAACUCUGGAAUUGGUUUCUUUUGUUUACUCCGAGGCGACUCUGAAGUUUUGGCUUGUUGCAGUUCAGUCGUUGUUUGCGAUAUUGCUAUCGAGUAAUUACCUCAGAGACUCGACCUCUUCCUGGACCGUGUUAUUGGGCCGGUGUUUCGGAGUGUAACGCGGCCCGUCGUCGGCUUUUGUCUAACGCGGGGGACAUUCGGCCCCAGCGCACAGACGCUGGAGCUAUACCGCCUCUCGGUAUUUCCUCCGCUUCUGAAUCGGAGCUGAAAGAGUUCCUCGGCUGAGGUGAAGUGUUCCCGUGCUGGUGGUUCGUCACUUUGCGCCAGCCGGCGGUCCCGUUGACUCGUGAAUGCUCAAGUACAGUUAGAGUAACUUUGUGUGGAGCUACACACCUCUGAAGCAACAAGGCGCACUGGAUUGCGCAAAAAGUGCUUCUUGUUAAGGCUGAGUGUAUACUAAUAUUGUUUGGCUAAUAAAAGGGCGCCUUUUUAGCCUGACAGAGGGCAGCCACCUCUUGCUGUAGGCUUUGAAGGGAAACGGCACAGGACUGCGUGGAGCUCAGGCUGAAUAUACUGUGUGACUUUCUCGGUGCAGGCUGUUUGUGUCACUGGAUUAGUCUGAGUGAUCACAUCACUCUGUGCUGUCCUACUCUGUCUGGCAACGAGUCCCCCAGAAAGCACCAGUAAUUGGGGCUAUUUUUAGUGUCAGGGAUGGGGUAAAAGCAGGCAGCUGGAAACCCAACUCCCCUCCAUCUCCUUCUCUUCCAUCCCAUCUAUCAUCCUACCUCGCUCGUCCACCUGGCAGUAUGCUUGGCGAGCCUGGUUAGCACAGGUUCCACUUACAGCUAGUUGAGGUGGCUUAUAAGUAGUCUGGAAAAACAGCAACAACUGGACAUACUCUGCUGCAUAAUAAUAAUAAUAAUAAUAAGAGAUGUGCUUGAACCAUACUGACCAUGUAGUCUAAGGAACCUGGCAAAACUAGCAGUCCUGUGCUCCACUGGUCAAAUCUUCAGCGGACACAAAGCCCGUUCUGGAUUGCUCCUGAAAUGGCUGAAGAACUAGCUACUUACUUUUGGUUUAUUCUGGCCAAGACUUACUGAACGUAUCAAAGAGACUCUAUGCCUUUAUCCCUGGGACGUUUGGCCUCAACGCGUAAUCGCAGUAGACACUAGAUUCGAUAAAAGGCUUGCUUUUGACUACCUGAAAGAUCAGUCACCAGCGACCUGGAGUGAUACACGCCUCCAGCGCACAGAAAGAAUGCAUGAAACUGCCAAAACCAACCUAACGAGAAACUGACCUGACUAACCAAAUAUUCUUUCCCUUCCACUCCCAUGUCUGCAGAGAGACAGAAUAUAUAUCUAUAUGUACCAUGAGAGAUCUAUAUAUAGUGUAACACCACAAAAGACAGAAAUUACAUCCUUUAUAUUUUUACUUCCGAGAGACAAGCUGCCUGUACACCAUUUGGUUGCCUUAGAAACCACAGUCACAAAAGAUUAAAAAAAAACAUUUUUUUUAAAAACAAGCCAGAGAAGACGGUGCCUUUUGAUUGGUUGGUUGGUUGGUUUCCCACCACGUCAAGAUUCCUUUUUUAGUUGGAUGUAAACUUUUGAAGCAAACUCUGGGAUUGAUGACAGUUACCUGACCCGCACGAGUUCUGCUCGUCUGUCACGCCGUUUUGAUUGACACUGUUUCCCUGCUGCAUUGGACAUUUCCAAGCAUUUCCAUGGUUGUCACGUCGUCAUCUGUGGAAGACCAGACUGUGCCCACUUGCAGGAUGGUCCAGUCAGAACCUUGGAUCGCCUCAGCCCUGCUCCGCAAGAACAAGAGUGUAAGCAGCUCAGGAUGUCCGCCCACCUCCUCCUCCUCCUCCUCCUCCUCCACUGCCCAGGGCUUCUCCCUCGCUGAGCCAGCCAUGACCAGCCAGCACUCACAUACACACCCCUCCUUCAGCUCCAUCCACUCCAUGGCCGAGCAGCAGCAGGUGCUGUCUGAUAUGACCAUACUCCAGCGGAGAAUUCCCCCUAGUUUCAGAGACCCUGCCAGCGCUCCAUUGAGAAAACUCUCUGUUGACCUCAUCAAAACUUAUAAGCACAUCAAUGAGGUGUACUAUACUAAGAAGAAGCGGCGGGCCCAGCAGGUCCCUCCUGAGGACAGCAGCACGAAGAAGGAGAGAAAAAUCUAUAACGAUGGCUAUGACGAUGACAAUUAUGACUACAUUGUGAAAAAUGGAGAAAAGUGGCUGGACCGCUAUGAGAUAGACUCACUGAUUGGGAAAGGCUCGUUCGGACAGGUGGUGAAGGCCUACGACCACCAUGAGCAGGAGUGGGUUGCCAUUAAGAUCAUUAAGAACAAAAAGGCUUUUUUGAACCAGGCACAGAUAGAACUACGCCUGCUGGAGCUCAUGAACAAGCACGACACUGAGAUGAAAUAUUACAUAGUCCACCUGAAGCGUCACUUUAUGUUUAGGAACCAUCUCUGUUUGGUGUUUGAGUUGUUGAGCUACAACCUGUACGAUCUGCUGAGGAACACCAAUUUCAGAGGAGUUUCCCUCAACCUCACCAGGAAAUUUGCACAGCAGCUCUGUACAGCACUAUUAUUCCUGGCCACUCCGGAGCUGUCAAUCAUCCACUGCGACCUGAAACCAGAGAACAUACUGCUGUGUAACCCCAAGAGAUCAGCCAUCAAAAUAGUUGAUUUUGGAUCCUCCUGCCAGCUCGGACAGAGAAUCUAUCAGUACAUCCAGAGCAGGUUUUACCGCUCUCCCGAGGUUCUGUUGGGAAUGCCGUAUGACCUGGCUAUCGACAUGUGGUCUCUGGGAUGCAUCCUGGUGGAGAUGCACACGGGGGAGCCUCUCUUCAGCGGCUCCAAUGAGGUUGACCAGAUGAAUAAAAUCGUGGAGGUUCUGGGAGUUCCACCCAGCCACAUGCUGGAUGCAGCUCCUAAAGCCAGGAAGUAUUUUGACAAGCUGUCAGAUGGUCUGUGGACAGUGAAGAAGAACAAGGAUGUCAAGAAGGACCUGAUCCUGCGCAUGCUGGACUACGACCCUAAAAGCCGCAUCACGCCAUUCUACGCCCUGCAGCACAAUUUCUUCAAGAAAACAACAGAUGAAGGAACCAAUACUAGUUCAUCUACAUCCACCUCUCCUGCCAUGGACCACUCUCAUUCUGCCUCCACUACUAGCUCUGUUUCUAGCUCUGGUGGCUCCAGUGGUUCUUCCAAUGACAACCGCAACUACCGCUACAGUAAUCGUUACUACAACUCUGCUGUUACACAUUCAGACUAUGAGAUGACCAGCCCUCAGGCUCCCUCACAGCAGCAGAUGAGAAUGUGGCCAGGCAGCGAUGGCGGAGGUGGGGGUCAGGAUCCAGGAUACACCCAGUUGCUGCUCCAUAAGCCAGCUGCCUCCCAACAACACCAGCGCCACUUCUUGGACCCGCCCCACCACCCACACCCAACUUACUCCCACCAUGGGAAUGGUGGCCGUGGCCUGAGGCAGGGUGGACAGACAGGCAUCGGCGGAGGGGGGGGCCCACAGGGAUCCUCGCCCCAGAUGAGUGACAGCAUGGAUGUGAGUGUAUCCCUGGGGCUGCACCACCUGGGGGCGGUGUCUUCCAUGGAGGCCUCUCAGUUUGGCUCUGCAUCUCUGCCCCUCGCUCUGCCAAUCGGACUGUCUGCCUUCCGGACUCGGACGGCUCCCACCGCCCCAGGGCCACAAGCCCAGCCCCCUGAAGACUACUACCCCGCCUCCAACAACAAUAACCCCACUGGGGGAGGCAGAGGGAGGCCGGACUCAGACGAGGGGCCAGCCAACUCUUGAUAAAACCUGAACCAUGCCCUAAAGCCAUACAAUUUUAACUACAACUACUACAACUACACACAUACAGCCAGAGUUCAGAGACAAAGAGGUGAACUUUGUGCUGAAGGAGACUUUGUACUGCAUGAGAGGAGGAGGAAGAAGGAGGAGGAUGCUGGGAAAACUCCUUUUUCCUGUUUUAGUUUGUCUUUGUCGCGCCUGUAACUGGAAAGGAAUGAUUGUGACCAGUUUGUUUUUAUUAAUUUUAGUGUUGAUUAAUAUCAUUUGAUUUUUCUCGGGUUUGAGGAGUUGUGUGUUCUGUGUGGUUGUUGUUUGAGUCUGGAGAGGAGGAGGAGGAGGAUGAAGGGGAAAGAGAGAGAAGUUUCCCAUUUUAUUCCAUGAGGUAGCUGCGAGCUGAAGGAGGGCUCGUGCUCGCAGCAGUUCAUGUCUGCACACGUGCGUGCGUGCAUGUGUGUUUGUACGAUAUGAGAUCAGAUUUGUAGCAGGCCCCCCCCUCGCUGAUCUGGACGUGUCGAAUUCAGGUCACAGGUGAAGUGAAAAGGACCCAUUAUGAAAGUAGGUGUAAAUGCAGGCAGGAGGCGAUACAUAUAUAUAUAUAUAUGCAUAUGUGUGUAUAUGUAUGUGCUGCUACACGAAGAACACAGGCGAUCUGACAGGUUGUGAUUGAGGACUCUCUCGUUUUUCUUUGCGUUCGUGUUCUUCCUCUGAUGUUUGGUCGCAGCGGCACGGACAGCGAGAGGGAGACGGAGGGAGGCGGUGGUCACGGGACACUGACGCCUUGCUGACACUCACAGGGAUCUCCUCCUCCUCCUUCUCCGCCUCACGCUCUCCCUGCUUUCCUCUUCCUCUCCUUCUCCUGUUGUGUUUCUCCUCCAGACAGCUCCUCCUCUCUGUGCUGCUAAUCACCAUGACAACUGGUCCGGAUUGCUGCUAAAGAUCCAACACAGAUCAAUAAAAAAAAUAAAAAGAAAUAGAAACAGAAAUUUAAAAAAAAACUUUUUAACCCUUCUGCUUAAGAGAAAAGGAUAAAGUAAGAACCACUGCAUCUCAAUGUAUUUAUUACUAUUUAACAAGAAAAAAACAAACUGAAAGUAACCCUUUUUUCUGCUCUUCUUUGUUUGGUUGCCUUCUUUCUGCAGGUGAGCUCUGAUUGGCUAUUGUAACAGUGACAGUAACUGGUGACAUGGGAAUGCCACUGGUUGUGGGGCUGGGUGGAGGGUAAGGGUUGGGGCAAAAUAAAGUUGGAUAUAUAAUAAGAAUAAAGAGUAUACUUUUGCACACCAAAG